UUAUUUCAACAAUACAAGUAAAAUAUUUGCAAGAAUGAAGAAUUAUUUAAUGCUUUUAAUUUUAAGUUGUAUUAUUGCCAUCUUGGCGUAUGGAAUCGGUAGCUCACGGCGAAUUUUAAACGGUGAACACGCAAAAAUGGGAGAAAUUCCGUUUGCUGUACUGAUCGACGAUUCGAAUUUCAACGACCACAAGCGAUGUGGAGGCGUUAUAAUAACUAUAGUAGCCGUAUUGACAACAGCGAACUGUAUUAAGUCAUUGAAUCCAAAUGAAUUAACAGUGCGUGCUGGAUCCACGUAUCGUGACGGGGGCAUUGUGCGUAAAGUAGAAAUGCCCAUUGUUCAUGAAAACUUCAGUGAGACUACAUUGGAUAAUAAUAUCGCUGUAUUGAUUCUGAAUAAAAAAUUUGAAUUUUCGAAUACCAUCGAUAAGUUACAGCUUCCGAAUAUGAAAAUGGAUUUAAAGACCCAUGAUUCGGCAACCAUUUACGGAUGGGGUGUUGAUGAAUAUUCUGAUUAUCCUGAUUCGCUAAAGAAAGGUGACACGAUUGUUAUCGAUUCAACGAGUUGCAACCACCAAAACCAAGUACGUCUGCCGUUAACUCCACGAAUGUUUUGUGCGUCAUCUUUAGGUGAACACUUUUCAACCGCAUGCUUUGGUGACGCUGGCGGAGCUUUAGUUAAGUAUCAAUAUGUGUAUGGUCUAUCGUAUGGUAAAUCUGCCAAGUCUGGCAAGUCUGGCGAAUGUACCAGUGAUACCGUUUAUACGCGUAUCACAGCUUUACAUGAAUGGAUUAUCGAGAAACUGGCGCAACAUGGUCGUCAGGUCGAGAGACGUUUACGUGGCUCUCCAUAA